CAACUAUGACUACACCUCCAACCCACAUCACCACCCCCAGUGGAAAUACCACCACAGGAGUGACCGCCAAUACCACAUCCUCCCCACCCAUUAGCACACAAAGCCCAAUCGUCGUGUGUCCAGCCAGGCCAUGCCCCUUAAAUAGUGUAUGUUUGAACAGCGUUUGCCAGUGCAUCACAGGAAGCUACUUGAUGAAUGACCGCUGUGUACCUGCCCAGGUUUUUCCAGGUCAGCUUCAUUUCAGGUCCAGGAAAUAUGACCCCGAGAUGAAUAACAGGGCUUCUAAAGUUUUUCAGAACACAGCAGCAGAAAUCUCAGCUGCGCUCAACAGGACAUUAUUUGGUCAGUCGGGAUAUGUACGAUCUGAAGUUGUGCAACUACUAGAAGGAAGUGUGCGAGCAACUGUGAAUAACAUCUAUAAAAACACCGAGCUCACUCAGGAGCAGGUGGAUCAGACCAUUCAGAGAGCUGUAAAAGAAGACAAAUUUUUUAAUGAUACCAUUUUUGAAAGUACGGACCUCUGUAGGCAGCAGCCAUUUCCAUGUGAUGUCUCCACCACACGAUGCGUAAACACAAGUGGCCAGGCUAUUUGUUUCUGUAGCGAGGGCUACAUUUCCAAUCCGUACUCAAACUCAAGCUGUACAGCUUGUCCAAGUGGUUGGAAGGCAGUAAAUGAUGAGUGUGUAAGAUGUUCUUUCGGAUACUCCGGCUUUAACUGCAAAGACUCUUCUCUGCUGGCAGUGGUGGUCGUCUCCUGUGUUCUAGGAGGAAUUCUACUCAUCCUGCUUCUGGCUAAGCUCAUAUACCAUUACUGGCGCCGCUCUAAUGGCAAGUCAGACUACAGCAGCAGCCCUUAUUCAUCAGAUAAACAGAACCAGCCUUGGCCAGAAGGUGUCACCUCCAUCCCUCGGGCUACCACUCACUGGGAUGCACCCUCUAACAUAGAGAUGACAGAAGGGGGCAGCACUAGAGCACUGGUGAACAAAAAGGAUCAGUCCAAUGGAUUGGGAUUUCGGCUGAAGCAGUCAGGAUGGAAAAAGACUGGAUCAUAUGAUCUCAACCCAGAGGUAAUGAAGACCUUCAAAGGUAAAAAUAAUUCUCGUUACUCUUACCUGGUCCAAGGCCACGAGAACCCAUACUUUUUACCAGGAGAUGGCCAGAAAAGCUGAGCUUCUGCUGCCCACUGAACUAAACUGAACUGA